AUGGAUGAGGGGUUUCUCUGGCAGAUGGAGAGGCUGCUUGAUAUACUGAGCUUGUUCGCCACACAGGGAUGCGACUACUUGUUUAAGCUUCUCUUAAUUGGAGACUCAGGUGUUGGAAAGUCAUGUAUUCUCCUUAGAUUUGCUGACGAUUCAUACCUUGACAGUUACAUCAGUACAAUCGGUGUUGACUUCAAAAUUCGAACUGUGGAGCAAGAUGGGAAAACCAUCAAACUUCAAAUUUGGGAUACUGCUGGACAAGAACGAUUCAGGACUAUAACCAGUAGCUACUACCGUGGUGCACAUGGAAUCAUAAUAGUAUAUGAUGUAACUGACAUGGAGAGCUUCAACAAUGUGAAGCAAUGGUUGAACGAAAUCGAUCGGUACGCCAGUGAGAAUGUAAACAAACUUCUGGUAGGAAACAAGUGUGACCUUGCCGAAAACAGAGCUGUCCCUUAUGAGACGGCUAAGGCUUUCGCUGAUGAAAUCGGAAUUCCUUUCAUGGAGACUAGUGCCAAGAAUGCCACUAACGUAGAACAGGCUUUCAUGGCCAUGUCUGCCGACAUAAAGAACAGGAUGGCUAGUCAGCCGGCAUCAAACACUGCUAGGCCACCUACAGUGCAGAUUCGUGGACAACCAGUGGCCCAGAAGAGCGGCUGCUGCUCAUCUUAG